CGUGGGUUGGGGCUUGGAGCGAAGGGAGCAGCCCCGCUGCUGGAUGUUCCGCGGGGCGGCGCGGGGGCCUCCUCCUCCUCCUCCUCCUCCUCCUCCUCCUCCUCCUUCUUCUUCUCCUCCUCCUCCUCCUGCUGCUGCUGCUGCUGCCGCCGCCCGGUGUGUGCGGCGGGGCGGGGCGCGGCUGCCGGGGGCGGCGGCGGCGGGUCGCGGCGGGCGCCCAAGAUGGACUAUGACUUCAAGGUGAAGCUGACCGGGGAGCGCGAGCGGGUGGAGGAUCUCUUCGAGUACGAGGGCUGCAAGGUGGGCAGGGGCACCUACGGGCACGUCUACAAAGCCAAGCGCAAGGACGGGAAAGAUGAUAAAGAUUACGCUUUAAAACAGAUAGAGGGUACUGGAAUUUCCAUGUCUGCAUGCAGAGAAAUAGCAUUGCUUCGGGAGCUCAAGCAUCCGAAUGUCAUUUCUCUGCAAAAGGUGUUCCUUUCUCAUGCUGACAGGAAAGUGUGGCUUCUCUUUGACUACGCUGAGCAUGACCUCUGGCAUAUAAUCAAGUUUCACAGGGCUUCUAAAGCAAACAAGAAACCAGUUCAGUUACCUCGGGGAAUGGUGAAGUCGCUGUUAUAUCAGAUCCUAGAUGGUAUUCACUACCUGCAUGCUAACUGGGUGUUACACAGGGAUUUGAAACCUGCUAAUAUUUUAGUUAUGGGUGAAGGUCCUGAGCGAGGAAGAGUAAAAAUUGCUGACAUGGGCUUUGCCCGAUUAUUUAAUUCACCUCUGAAGCCUUUAGCAGACUUGGAUCCAGUAGUUGUAACCUUCUGGUAUCGAGCUCCAGAGUUGCUUCUUGGAGCAAGGCAUUAUACCAAAGCUAUUGAUAUUUGGGCCAUAGGGUGUAUAUUUGCAGAGCUGCUAACGUCAGAGCCAAUAUUCCAUUGUCGACAAGAAGAUAUCAAAACUAGUAAUCCUUAUCACCAUGACCAGCUGGACAGAAUAUUCAAUGUAAUGGGAUUUCCUGCAGAUAAGGAUUGGGAAGACAUAAAAAAGAUGCCUGAACAUUCAACUUUGAUGAAAGAUUUCCGGAGAAACACGUAUACCAAUUGCAGCCUUAUCAAAUAUAUGGAAAAACAUAAAGUCAAACCAGAUAGUAAGGCAUUCCACUUGCUUCAGAAAUUGCUCACUAUGGAUCCAAUAAAGAGAAUUACCUCAGAACAGGCUAUGCAGGAUCCGUACUUCUUGGAAGAUCCUCUUCCCACGUCUGAUGUUUUUGCAGGUUGUCAAAUCCCUUACCCAAAACGAGAAUUUUUAACAGAAGAAGAACCAGAUGAUAAAGGAGACAAAAAGAACCAGCAGCAGCAGCAGGGCAAUAACCAUACUAAUGGAACUGGUCAUCCAGGGAACCAAGACAACAGUCACACACAGGGACCCCCACUGAAAAAAGUGAGAGUUGUUCCUCCUACCACUACCUCAGGUGGACUUAUUAUGACCUCAGACUAUCAGCGUUCCAACCCCCAUGUUGCCUACCCCAACCCCGGACCAAGCACAUCGCAGCCACAGAGCAGCAUGGGAUACUCAGCUACCUCCCAGCAGCCGCCGCAGUACUCGCACCAGACACACCGGUACUGAGCUGCACCCGGUGCCGUUGAUGCGCCGUCGCUAAUGCUGCAGGAGCGGCCGCAGUUGCGUGCCUGGAGCCCGGCUUGGGCCAGAGAAUGUACUGUACACCCACACCUCCCACCUGUCCGACCGCCACGACCCACCCCUUGCCACGGGGCCGAGUCAGGGCUCCCACGUUGUACCUGGGUUUGGGGUUAGACUUGAAAAGAAAGCGCUAGCACAGUUUGUGUUGUGGAUAUGCUACUUCUGUAGUUUACUUGACAUGGUUCAGGCUGACCGAUGCAUUUUUUUCAGUGACGGUCUGUAGCAGUUGAAGCUGUGAAAUGUGCUAGGGGCAAGCAUUUUUGUUGUCGUAUGUGGUGAAUUCUCUUGAUGUAACAACUUUAUCUGACCAAUAGUACACGGCAUCUUCGAACUGGUACUUGAAGCAUACAGUGUAUGUUACCAUGGCAAAAAAAAAAAAAAGCAAA